CAAGGUGUGUCAGGAAUAUCUGUACCAAUAAUGUUAGAUACAUGACAAAAACUAACUACCUGAGCUGCAGGUGGUCAAAACGAGACAGCAUGUUCAUUAUCCUCUCAGUUCAAGCAUGGCCAGCACACAUACACUAGUGGUACUGUGUGCUCUCCUCUUCUCCUCUCCAGCAGUAUCAGUUCAUGUGUUCCUAUUGAGGUCUCCUCUACUGAUAUACAAUGUGUCCACUGGUAGGGAGAAGGCCUGUCCUCAAUCAGUGGAUCCUGACUACCCCCUGACCUGUAUUGAUGCCAUUGAUACUGUAUAUGGUCAUAGAGAUGGUGAGUACAUUGAGGAGUCCCUCUCAAUACUGUGCCAUGAGGACUGCCUCAGGCCACUGGAGUAUGCAUGGAAAUAUAAAGUGCAUGAUGAAGGAAUGGCCAUGUACAUAAGGAACACUCUCUGUCAAGUAAGUGGAAGAGGCUACUGUGCCCAGCAGUUGAUAGUAUCCACUGGUAACAAUAUACUGGAAGAGGUUGAUGUGGAGUGUAUCAUUAAAUGGUGUCCUUUGGUGUGCAAGGAAAGAGAAGAGGAAGAUCACCUCACGUGUUGUUCUAAAGUGAUUGUUGGUCCAUACACAUUCCAAACUGACAGUGUCAACAUGUAUGGAAUAACAACAAGAAGUGCCAACAAACCACUGAGGCAGUAUGAUUACUGUGGGCAGCUGAUGAUGAGGUUUCAAAGUGAUGGAAAGUGUCUCAAUAUCAUUGAACUAUUGGACUUUAUUGUAAAACUAGUACACGGAGACGAGAACUUGCAAAAUAAUGAAGCAAACCGUAAAAUAUUAAAAGAAGGACUGGAGAGCUACUGUGACACUGACUGCAUUCAAAUCAUCACAUCAUAUUACUCAGCAUGUGCUGGAGUAGAGGAAGCAAUCCACCAACUGUUCCUCUUUAAAAUGCUAUACUGUGCCAAAGAUGGAGGUGACUUCUGUCUUGUAAAAGGACUAGACAAAAUGGAGAAAGGAGAAGUGAGCAAGUACAAGUUAAGGAUAUAUUGUGUAGCCCCAGAGUUCUUCUGUCCACGUGAGUCCUGCAAGAAAGCAGUGAAUGAAGCCAAGACAGGGCUGGGGUGCUGCUGUCAGAAUCUGUUCAAUAUAGAGGGGAGCCCCUUCAGAGACCUCAUUCCAAACUUUAUCGUGAGGUUCAUGGAAUGUAAAAUUGAACUACCUAAAAUGUGUGGAUGUGGUUCACUAACUGGCAACCUGUUGACCAUAAUGACCAGUGCCAUGAUUGGACUCAUUGCACUAAUGAAAUAAGGACACACUAUUGUUCACCUUGUCUCCCUCCCAAUUGAAUAUUAGUAUUGUGUCAAUGUAACUGUGUUAAAUUUGAAA